AUGGAUGAGACUCUUGAAAUAUUCCAGAAGAUUUUGGCCAAUAUCCCCAUGGAAAAUGUAGAACAAAUGCUGAGUGACUUAGAAAACCUUCGCAGCCUGCUACAGCUACUCAACCGCAUUAUGGGUUGCAUAGUCACAGAGCCCAGACAAACCAAUGUAAUAGAGAACUUAAAGGAACAGUAUGAAAAUGCCUCCUAUACCAUGGAAAAGGUGACACUUGAGCGUCUUCAGAAAUCAUUACACAGCAUCAUGAAGCACCUAGAUUAUAUUACAGACUGCCAAAAAGUAGUUUAA